UAGGUAUCUUAUAAACAUUGCAGGUUUGCAAUACUUUGGUUUGUUACGACCACAACACACAUAAAAGAAUGUAUUAAUUGAAUAUGGUGAUUGAUAGAUUUUAUCGAAAGCCCGGACUGAGCUCUGCGGCUACUGCUACAAAGUUAAGGCAGCUCAGACAGCAUACCCCAUUGGUACAUGACUUGGAGACAGAAUUAUGUUUCAAUGUGGAGACUACAUCUACACUCUCAAAUUCUGAAUUCAAGAAGACAGAGUGGAUUCUUGGUUCCCCUCUGGAAUCUCAGAAUCUCACUGCAGAACCUAAUCUACAUGGAGUAUAUCAUGGCAGUUUACUUAUUGAGAUAGGACCAAGGCUGAACUUCUCAACUGCCUUCUCUAGUAAUGCUGUCUCAAUAUGUAAUUCCAUUGGUUUGUAUAAAGUGAAAAGGAUAGAAGUUUCUACUAGAUACCUCAUCCACUGGGAACAAGAUGGCCUUGCUAUUAGUCCAGUAGUCGAAGAAGAGUUGGUGGGAUUACUGCAUGAUCGCAUGACACAUUGUCGUUACAUCACACCCAUUGAGAGUUUUGAACUAGGAAUAAUUCCAGAAGACUGGUAUGAAGUUGAUGUGUUAUCUGCAGGAAGAUUGGCACUAGAAGAUGUGAAUUCUCAUCUGGGCUUGGCAUUUGAUGACUGGGAUCUUGACUUUUACACAGACCUUUUCAAAAACAAAUUAAAACGUAAUCCAACCAGUGUGGAGUGCUUUGAUCUAGCUCAAUCAAACAGUGAACACAGCAGGCAUUGGUUUUUCAAGGGCCGAAUGGUGAUAAAUGGUAAGGAACAACCAGAAUCGCUGAUAGACAUGAUAAUCAAUACCCAAAAUUCUACCAACCCAAAUAAUGUAAUCAAGUUCAACGAUAACAGCAGUGCUAUGGAGGGUUUCAGGGUUAAACACCUGCGUCCUAGUAACUCAAAAGAAGCAAGCAGCUUUAAAAUAGUUCAUAGCAAGUCACAUCUUAUCUUCACUGCUGAAACACACAACUUCCCUACUGGUGUUGCCCCAUUCAGUGGAGCAACAACAGGAACUGGUGGGAGGAUCAGAGAUGUCCACGCAGUUGGCAGGGGAGGCCACUGUAUAGCAGGCACAGCUGGCUACUGUGUUGGAAAUCUACUUAUUCCUGACUAUGAACUACCAUGGGAAGAUCCAUCUUUAGAGUAUCCAGAUAACUUUGCUUCUCCUUUGGAAAUUUUAAUUGAAGCAAGUAAUGGAGCUUCAGAUUAUGGAAACAAAUUUGGAGAACCUGUAAUUUCUGGAUUUGCUCGUUCUUUUGGUCUGAUGGAACCAUCUGGAGAUCGCCGGGAAUGGAUCAAACCCAUCAUGUUCAGUGGUGGCGUUGGGUCUUUGGAUGAAAAUAUGGUAAACAAGCUGAAACCAGAGAAAGGUAUGCAAGUGGUGAAGUUGGGAGGUCCAGUGUAUCGUAUUGGGGUUGGUGGAGGUUCAGCAAGCUCAGUGGAGGUGCAAGGUGAUAACAAGGCAGAACUAGAUUUUGGUGCAGUUCAAAGGGGUGAUGCAGAGAUGGAGCAGAAACUGAACCGAGUUAUUAGAGCAUGUUUAGAAAGAGGAAGUGAUAACCCUAUCUGUAGUAUCCAUGAUCAGGGAGCUGGUGGCAAUGGAAAUGUAUUAAAGGAGUUAGUGGAGCCAUCUGGUGCUGUGAUCUUCUCACACAAGUUUCAACUGGGAGACCCCACAAUCAGAACUCUUGAGCUUUGGGGUGCAGAGUAUCAGGAAAAUGAUGCUGUGUUGUGCUAUCCGAAGGAUGUUCCAUUGUUAAUGCAGAUUGGCGAUAGAGAGAGGUGUCCAGUCAACUUUGUUGGCACAGUUCUUGACAAUGGAAGGGUAAUUCUUUCUGAGGAAGAAGAAAUAGAUGUCACUCCAUAUUUGAAUGGCAGCUACAAGCAAGAAGAUGUAAGACAUCCUGUUGACCUGGAGUUAGAACUUGUUCUUGGAAAAAUGCCACAGAAGGUAUUCCAUCUGGACCAUAAACCAGCAAUAGUAAAGUCACUGAGUUUGCCUGCUGAUCUGACUGUGAAGCUGGCUCUGGAGCAUGUACUUCGACUGCCAUCUGUAGCCAGCAAACGGUACCUGACCAAUAAGGUGGAUCGGUGUGUUACUGGUCUCAUUGCCCAACAACAAUGCAUUGGUCCACUUCAUACUCCACUGGCUGAUGUAGCUGUCACUGCUCUGACACACUUUAGUCUUGAGGGAAUUGCCACAGCUAUAGGGGAGCAGCCAAUCAAGGGUUUGGUUGAUGCAUCUGCAGGCGCAAGGAUGGCUGUUGCAGAAUCUGUAACCAAUCUGGUUUUUGCCCGGAUAUCUGAUAUACAGGAUGUGAAGUGUAGUGGGAACUGGAUGUGGGCUGCAAAGCUUCCAGGAGAAGGUGCAGCUUUGUAUGAUGCGUGUACUGCUAUGUGCAAAGUGAUGUCAGAUCUGGGUAUAGCUGUUGAUGGGGGAAAGGACUCACUAAGCAUGGCUGCCAGGGUUGACGGUGACAUUGUCAAAGCACCUGGUGCUUUGGUGAUUUCUGCAUAUGCCCCAUGCCCCAACAUUAAGCAGGUAGUUACACCUGAUCUGAAAGGUCCCUCAAGAGGGCAGACAGGAAUUCUUCUUCUUGUAGAUCUGUCUGGAGGAAAGAAUCGACUGGGGGGUACAGCUCUCGCUCAGUGCUUCAAACAACUUGGAGAUGAUGUACCAGAUCUUGAUGAGCCAACCCUCCUCAAACAAGCCUUCAUUGCUACUCAGAAACUGAUAAGAGCACAUAAAGUUAUGGCUGGUCAUGAUAUCAGUGAUGGAGGUCUUAUUACUUGUCUGCUGGAAAUGGCAUUUGCUGGAAUAAGUGGUAUCAAGAUCAACAUUGCUCAUAAGGAAGGCAAAGCUUUGGAUAUCCUGUUUUCUGAAGAGCUGGGUUGGGUGUUAGAAGUGGUCUCAAAGGACAUUGAAUUUGUAAACACAACUUUCAAGACACACAAAGUUCCUGUGCAUGUUAUCGGAGAGUCAAGUGCAUUUGGAAUUGAGUCACUGGUGACCGUCAGUGUGAAUGAUGCUUUAGCACUGAGCUGUGACUUGAUUUCACUGUUUCGUACGUGGGAAGAGACUAGUUACCGACUUGAGCGACGGCAAGCUAAUCCUGACUGUGUCAGGAAAGAGUUUGAAUCCCUUGGUAAUCGCAAAGCUCCAGCAUACAGACUGACAUUUGAUCCACAGAAGUCAUCAGCACCCACUAAAUUAUUGUCAUCUCCUCCUCGAGUAGCUGUUAUUAGAGAAGAAGGUUCCAAUGGUGACAGAGAGAUGGCAGCAUCUCUUUUCAGUGUAGGUUUUGAAGUUUGGGAUGUGACAAUGCAGGAUCUCCUAAACAAGCAAGUCACAGCUGACAAUUUCCAAGGCAUUAUUUUUCCUGGAGGAUUUAGCUAUGCAGAUGUGCUGGGAUCUGCGAAAGGCUGGGCAGCUAGUUUGUUGUUCCAUCCAUCACUGAGAGAUCAAUUCUGGGCAUUUUUUGAGAGAGCAAAUACGUUCAGCCUCGGAGUAUGCAAUGGUUGCCAACUCAUGAGUUUGCUAGGAUGGAUUGGGUUGAAAUCACAAGGGAAGAGUGCAUCAUCAGAUGAACUGCGUGGACCUGAUGUUGUGCUUGACCACAACUUGUCGGAGAGGUUUGAAUGUCGAUUCAGCACAGUCCGCAUUGAGAGGAGUCCAUCCAUUAUGCUCCAGGGUAUGGAAGGGUGUAUACUGGGAAUUUGGAUUGCACACGGAGAAGGUCGUUUCACAUUCCGUAAUGAAAAUGUGCUUUCAAGCUUGGAACAGAGAUGCUGUCUUGCCAUGAAGUAUGUGGAUGACGACGGAAAGCCAACGCAGACAUAUCCACUGAAUCCAAAUGGCAGUCCUUGUGGUAUUGCUGGAAUAUGUUCUGAAGAUGGCCGUCAUCUUGCCAUGAUGCCCCAUCCAGAGCGUUGCACACAGUUAUGGCAGUGGCCCUGGAUGCCAGCCGACUGGCAUGACAAGUACACUGUAUCACCGUGGUUACGUAUGUUUGAAAAUGCCUUCAGUUGGUGUGUUAAGAACUCAUCAUAACAUAUAAGACAGUUAUGUGAUUUUUUUUGUGAAUUAUUGAUAUAAUGUUUUAUUAAGUCUUCAAAUGUACUGAUGAAUAAAUAGCCUAUUUAACACUAUAAACCAACAAAUUUACCUCCAUGCUCAAAUAUGAUUUCAUCAUGCGGUUAAACUUUCUUUCUCUGUAAACAAAAACAAAAAUGGAAACUAACAAAUUUUUACUAUAGUGUUUAUUGCACAUGGUAUUGUUAAUUUGCAUGAUGUUAAAAUUAAGAUUUUUCUACAGUGAAUAUAUUAAUUAUGGUAUGUUUCAUAUCUUUAUUGUGCUACAUUUAUAAUGUAAUGUAUCUUCACUAUUGAAAAUGUUGUAUAUGUUGGCCUACGUGAUUCUGUAUUUGUUGUUAUUGUUAUUUUUAUAUGCAUCUGUUCAAUAAAUUUGGAAAUAAUAUGUA